AUGGCGCCUACUAAGGGUUCAUCAAAGGGCUCGUCAAAGGGCUCGUCAAAGGGCUCCUCAAAGGGCUCCUCUUCGGGCGGUGUUAAGGGUGGCAAACCUUCAAGCCUGUCAUCUGCUUCUCGCGUGAGCAAGUCCAGCAAGAAGAAUGUCAAGCGUCCCCCGCCUGUCGAAGUCAAGUCGAAGGCGCGCACUGAGAAGGAGAAUCUGCAAAAGAAGAAGAAGCGAGUCUACACCGAGGCAGAGCUGGAUUUGCCCAAAUUGAACACAAUUACCCCCGUCGGUGUUGUCAAGCCUAAGGGCAAGAAGAAGGGAAAGACCUUUGUGGAUGAUCAGGAGGGUAUGUUGACUAUUCUCGCAAUUGUCAACGCCGAGAAGGAGGGCCAAAUCGAGUCGAAGAUGAUGAAGGCACGUCAAUUGGAGGAGAUUCGCGAGGCCAGACAAAAGGAACUCGAGGCUCGAAUGGCGGUGAAGAAGAACAAGUUGGAGGCUGUUAAGGACUCUAUUCGCAACAGCAAGAAAGGCAAGGGUGGUGCUGGAAAGUCGAGCGAGGACUCGGCUCCUACAAGUGGCGGCUCAAAGUCAGCAAAGCCAAAGCGGAAAAGUGUUUCUUUUGCUUAA